CUGGACCCGGUGGCCUUCCGGCCCGACUCGACGCUGGGUGUGCCGGGUCUGCUCGGCGCUCUGCGGGCUGGGACUGUGACGGUGUGCAACGCGCUCGGGAACGGCGUCGCCGACGACAAGGGUGUGUACCCCUACGUGCCCGAGUUGAUCAGGUACUACCUCGGCGCCGAGCCGAUCAUCGAGAACGUCACCACCUACAUGAUGUGGGAUCCCGAUCAGCGCGGCGAGGCGCUGGCAAGGCUGGACGAGCUGGUGGUCAAGCCGGUCGGGGAGUCCGGCGGCUAUCGGCGUGCUGAUCGGUCCCCACGCCACCGAGCAGGAGCUGGCGACGCCCGCGCCACCAUCGAGGCCGAGCCCCGAAACUGGAUCGUGCAGGAGGUGGUGCAGCUCUCCACGCUGCCCUCGUUCGCGGGGCAACGCCUUGAGCCCCGCCAUCUGGACUGCGGCCCUUCGUGCUGA